AUGUGGUCAGAGGAUACUACAAAGCACACACGUCGUGAGUUGAAAUGCCGCCUAAUGGCCCCCAAGAAGUUGCAUUAUUGUGUGUACAGGACGGCUUUCAGUACGGUUUGUGCUGCACCGUUUUCUCUUCAAGAAUCCAGUAUGAGAAUCGUGGCUCCCCUUUCCAUGGGGUGCAGUACCCUGCUCUCUGAGCCCUGCCAAAGCCUCUUCUACUUAUCACAGCCAUCAUGCUACUACCCAUUUCUUCUCUUCGAAGUCGAGGAAAGCCUUUACCCUUGUAGCAUCUGGAAAGCCCAGUGUCGUAAACCAGGUAUCGUGGUGUACAUUAAAGUUGCUUCCCUCUUAUUUACAUUCCAAUCACUCUCUAAGCUCACUGUUCUAGUUAAAGGACUGCUUGUUCGGUGGGUCAAACAUUAA